AUGUUCGCAACGACUUCUGCCUUCCAGUGGCUUCAUAAUGAUACAAAACCAAGAUAUAUGGCACCACUGUUUUCCACGCCUUCUCAGAAGUAUGCCUACCCAUCACCAAUUCUAUCGUCUGAAGGACACAACUCUUCGCUCUAUAAUCUCUUAACACCUUCAUUCUUCUCAAUCACUUCUUCGUUCCCAUUCAUUCAAUCCUCGACUUCCAAUCCCGUAGCUCCUUUGGUCAAGCCCGGGGAUGGGGAAGACUCGAGCAAGAACUGUUUCUUUGACAUAACUGUUGAUUCUGCUCCCGCGGGUCGCAUCACCUUCAAGCUUUAUGAUAAGAUUACUCCCCGAACUGCACGCAAUUUCCGUGAAUUAUGUACCGGCCAACAUGGAUUUGGAUAUGCCGGAAGUUCUUUCCAUCGUAUUAUUCCACAAUUUAUGUUACAAGGUGGAGAUUUUACUCGAGGAAACGGAACUGGUGGAAAAUCCAUUUAUGGUAGAACGUUUGCGGACGAAAAUUUUGAGCUCAAGCACACAAAGCCUGGUCAAUUAAGUAUGGCUAAUGCAGGCAGAAAUACGAACGGCUCCCAAUUUUUCAUUACCACAAUAGCAACACCUUGGUUGAAUGGUAAACACGUGGUGUUUGGCGAGGUAAUUGAGGGUAUGGAUCUUGUGAAGAAAAUCGAAGCACUUGGUACUCGUUCUGGUACCCCAAGAGCUCGUGUUGCUAUUGCUAAAUCGGGUAUCGUUGAGUAA